CGCCCGGCCAGCAGUUUUAAGUUCACAACAAAAUUGAGAGAAAGAUAACAGAUUUCCCGUGUGCCCCUGCCCCCACUCCCAGCCUCCCCUAGUAUCCAUGUCACCGGCCAGAGUGGGACAUUGAUUACGGUGGAUGAGCCUGCAGUGACAUGUCUCUGUCACCCCAGUGCGGAGGUCACGUCAGGGUCUCCACUCUGGGCGCUGCAGCUCCAGUAGGUUGGCAAAUGCAUAGUGACAUGUGUCUGCCAUCAGAGUGCCACACAGAGCAGCUCCACUGCCCCGACACCCUCCUCCGCCUCUCUUCCUCCCCAGGCCCUGGUCACCGCUGCUGCUUUUACUGUGUCCUUAGUUUUACGACUUCCAGAAAUCGUCUGGUUGGAAUCACGCAGUUGGAAAAGCCGUUUCAGAGUGUACCUUCUUUCCCUUAGAAAUACGCGUUCAGGGUGCCCGCGCAUCUUGUCAUGCAUGGCUUCAGAGCUCAUUUCCGUUUAGCGGCGAAUGACAUGCCAUCGUCUGGAUGUUCCACGGUUUAUUCAGUCACCUAUGCAAGGACGUCUUGGGUGCUUCCAAGUUUUGGUGAUGAUGAAUAAAGUGGCUGUCACAUCUGACAGCCGCACAGGUUUUUGUGUGGACACAAGUUCUCAGCUCUGUUUGGUAAAUACCAAGGAACUUGGUUGCCGGAUGGCAUGGUUGAAAGUAUGUUUGGUUUUGGGAGAAGUGGGCAAAGUGUCUUUCGGAGUGGUUGUGGCAUUUUCCAUUUCUGCCAGCAGCGAGCGAGCGUUCCUGCCCGACAUCCUCUCCUGCGUUUGCUGUUGUCGGUGCUCUAAGCCUUGGCCGUUCUGAUAGGUGUGUGGUGGCACCGCGGCUACAUCCGCUGGAGGACCUCGGGUGUGGAGCAUCUUUCCAUAUGUUCAUUUGCUGUCUGUGUAUCAUCUUUGGUGAGGUGUCUUCAGACUUUUUGCCAUCUUUUCCCCCACAUAGCAAAAGAUCAUUUAUUGGCUCUUGUUCUUCCAGCUCUUUGCUUUGAAACUGAGCAUACACUGCUCUGUAAGCCUCAAAAUCCAACACAUCACAUGCAUCAUACUUUCUAUAAUGAGAACCCAUCUCACGCACUGUAAAGCUACUGCACUGCCUCAAAACUGCAAUUCCCCGGCACUGUCCGGCAUCAUCAAGUAGUCAGAGCAUUCUUGCCCGCACAGGGCUUCUGUGAACUCUGCAGGCACGCAUGUGCACAGUCGCACGCUCACUGGUGAGCCUGCCUCCCUCCCACAGCAUCUCCACUCCAGUGCAGGAGCCUGGACUGUCGCACCGUAUAGCCAUGCAGGCCCAGCGGGACACGGGAGCAUGUGGUCUGCAGGCUUCCCAGAGCUGCUGCCCUGGCAUUGUUCCUGAAGGACAGCAGUGAAGCUGCUGAGGCCAAGGGAAGGCCAGAGUCCAAGGAAGGCUGUGGAAGUGUCACCAACGUCUCCUGGCUUGUGGUGAAUGCAGCACUUGCUUUAUGUGCACACCGAUCUGGCCGUUCACAGGCAGGUCACCUUCCCCGUCCUGCUAGCCCCCACAGUUCAGGGGCCUGCCCACAGCUGUCCUGGGGCUCCCUUGCUGCGUCGUGUUGCUUGACUAUGUGCCUACUCCGAGUCCAGUAUAGCUCAAGACAGCUUGCCAGGCCAGGGUACCACAAAUUGUUAGAAAAUUAAUAUUUCCUUCAUUUCAAUAUCUUAAUGGUAGAGUGUGGCGAACAUUUGUGGGAAUACGGCACUUCAAUAUCUGGGUCCUCUUGUUAGGUCCGUUUUGGAAAUUUCCGCCCUUCCGGCACACACUGCUUCCAGUCUUUGCCACUCGGAAUGCCCCACACUUCCCGCCCAGCCAGGCACGUGCCAAAUACACGGGGGGAGGAACUUGUAGAAGCGCUCAUUUUCUUUUCGUUGAGUUUUAAGGACUCUUUGUAUAUUUUGGAUGCCAGUCUUUUAUCAGAUAAUGUCUUUUGCAAAUACUUCUACCCCAUUUGUGGCUUGUCAUCAUCUUUUGACACACACUGGUUUUGUGUUGGAAGUCAGUGGGAUUUCUCACAAGCUUUUCAGGAAAUAGCCUUAGAAGCAGAAUUGCCAAUGCUGCUAUUAGUGUUCCUCUCCAUGGCCAUCUGGAGAGGCAGGAAGACACGUGCCGGCCGUGACUGGGGGAACUGCACUGGUGAAGAUGGAACGGGGCCGUCUGAGGCUGAUGGUAGUAGUGGGUUUGUCUGACUAUGGGUGCCCCUACUCAUGCCUGUUUCUAGGUGGUAGAUGCAGAAAACACACAGCUGUUCCGUGAGCUGGCCCCCAUCAGCACGUGCCACCCACAGGCGGUGCCUGCACCCCACGGCGUCAGGCCCAUGCAUACAUGUACAUGCGCUUCGUGUGUAGGGCUGUGAAAGGAGCAGCGCAUGUUUGUGGUCACCGUGUGGACGUGUGUUGUCGGGACUCGCUAGACCACUUCCCGGGAAGCGUGGCUCGUGGAAUUCUCCUGUCGCUGUUGAACGCUGGGACUGUGCUGUAGAUCUGAAAGUUUGACCCAAGCUUGAGGUGUGUGUCAGCAGCAACUCUCCAGUUACCUUUUUGGUGAAAUAUCAUCCAGUCACUCGAUGGGGAUUACCAGCGGAACACCUGUUUGUGUCACCUUCCCACCUCUCUGUAGCAAGAAAAUUCACUUCAGCACCUCUUCAGUAAUAAUGAUGAAACUGGUAUUAACUGAAUGGCAAUUAUGGAUUUUUAACUCUAAUUCACAGUAAACCAGCAAGCCAUAUGUUUAAAAUCCAACCAAAAAUCGUUGUGUGUUGCUGCAUGUCUCAUACCAUUGUGAGAAGUUGUGAGACACCCACCUGUGCAAAGAGGAAUGUAAGUGUUACUUGCCCGAGGAACACAACCGAAGCAGAAAGAGAAGACGUCUUAUUUAUCAUUACAGAUAGAUGAAAGCAUUAUUUAUAUAGAUAGAAUAUAUAGAUAAAUAUAUAUAUUUUUGGUGGUAAUGAAAAUGGCUCCGCAGAAUGCCGACCCGGAAUCUAUGCAAGUUCAAGAGUUAUCCGUGCCCCUGCCGGACCCACAGAAAGCCGGAGGCGCAGAGGCCGAGAACUGCGAGACCAUCAGCGAGGGGUCCAUAGACCGAAUCCCCAUGCGCCUGUGGGUGAUGCACGGGGCGGUGAUGUUUGGCAGGGAGUUCUGUUACGCCAUGGAAACCGCUCUGGUCACACCAAUACUGUUGCAGAUUGGCCUUCCGGAGCAGUACUACAGCCUCACCUGGUUCCUGAGCCCCAUCCUUGGCCUCAUCUUCACACCUCUCAUUGGGUCUGCGAGUGACCGGUGCACCCUGAGCUGGGGCCGCCGGCGGCCUUUCAUCCUCGCCCUCUGCGUUGGUGUCCUCUUUGGCGUUGCACUUUUCCUUAACGGCUCUGCCAUCGGUCUGGCCCUCGGCGAUGUCCCCAACCGGCAGCCCAUCGGCAUCGUGCUCACGGUGCUGGGGGUGGUGGUCCUGGACUUCAGCGCCGAUGCCACUGAGGGGCCCAUCCGCGCCUAUCUGCUGGACGUGGUGGACAGUGAGGAGCAGGACAUGGCCCUCAACAUCCACGCCUUCUCUGCCGGCCUCGGCGGGGCCAUCGGCUACGUGCUGGGUGGGCUGGACUGGACCCAGACCUUCCUGGGCAGCUGGUUUCGGACCCAGAACCAGGUGCUCUUCUUCUUCGCCGCCAUCAUCUUCACGGUGUCCGUGGCCCUGCACCUGUUCAGCAUCGAAGAGGAGCAGUACAGCCCACAGCAGGAGCGCAGCACUGAGGAGCCCGGCGCCCUGGACGAGGGCGAGCUGCACAGCAUCCCUGCCUUCCCGGACGAGGUGCAGUCGGAGCACGAGCUGGCCCUGGACUACCUGGACGUGGACAUCGUGCGCAGCAAGAGUGACUCAGCGUUGCACGUGCCGGACCCCGCACUGGACCUGGAGCCCGAGCUGCUCUUCCUGCACGGCAUCGAGCCCUCCAUCUUCCACGACGCCUCCUACCCUGCCACCCCCAGCAGCACCAGCCAGGAGCUCUCCAAGACCAAGCUGCCCCGCCUGGUCACCUUCCUCAAGGAAGCCGCCAAGGAGGACGAGACUUUGCUGGAUAAUCACUUGAAUGAAGCCAAAGUCCCCAACGGAAGCGGCUCCCCCACAAAGGAUGCCCUCGGCGGCUACAGCAGGGUGGACAUGAAGCCCUUGGCCACGUCGGGCUCCGUGCGGCGGCGGCGGCAUGCGUUCCGCAAGCAGGCCUCCAGCACCUUCUCCUACUACGGCAAGCUCGGGUCCCACUGCUACCGCUACCGGCGAGCCAACGCGGUGGUGCUGAUCAAGCCGUCGCGCAGCAUGAGCGACCUGUAUGACAUGCAGAAGCGGCAGCGGCAACGGCACCGGCACCGGAACCAGAGCGGGGCCACCACCUCCAGCGGGGACACCGAGAGUGAGGAGGGGGAGGGCGAGACCACCGUGCGCCUGCUGUGGCUCUCCAUGCUGAAGAUGCCCAGGGAGCUGAUGCGGCUGUGCCUCUGCCACCUCCUCACCUGGUUCUCCGUCAUCGCCGAGGCCGUGUUCUACACCGACUUCAUGGGCCAGGUCAUCUUCGAAGGCGACCCCAAGGCCUCCUCGAACUCAACCACCUGGCAAGCCUACAACGCCGGGGUCAAGAUGGGCUGCUGGGGCUUGGUCAUUUAUGCCGCCACUGGUGCUAUUUGUUCAGCCCUGUUACAGAAGUACUUGGACAACUACGACCUGAGCGUCAGGGUGAUCUACGUGCUGGGGACGCUGGGCUUCUCCGUCGGCACAGCCGUGAUGGCCAUGUUUCCCAACGUCUACGUCGCCAUGGUCACCAUCAGCACCAUGGGCAUCGUCUCCAUGAGCAUCUCCUACUGCCCUUAUGCCCUGCUGGGCCAGUACCACGACAUCAAGCAGUAUGUCCACCACAGCCCCGGGAACUCCAAGCGAGGGUUUGGCAUAGAUUGCGCCAUCCUGUCCUGCCAAGUGUACAUCUCACAGAUCCUGGUGGCCUCCGCUCUCGGGGGUGUGGUCGACGCAGUGGGGACUGUCCGCGUCAUCCCCAUGGUGGCCUCUGUGGGCUCUUUCCUGGGCUUCCUGACGGCCACAUUCCUGGUGAUCUAUCCUGACGUGUCAGAGGAGGCCAAGGAGGAGCAGAAAGGCCUGUCUUCCCAGCUGGCCAGCGAAGGCGGGGCCGGUGGGAGCAGCGAAAAGCCCACCGCGCUAAAGCUCACGCGGAAGGAGGGCCUGCAGGGACUGGUGGAGACGGAGUCCGUGGUCUGAGCCACACUCCCGUUUACACACAUUCCACCGGAAGGGCGGGCGGGCGGGUGGUGGGGCCAGGCCACAGGCGGGAGCAGAGACACCGCGGAACCCUGCAGCUGCUGUGGCAGACCCGGCAGUGCGGGCCAGAACCCCUCCGCCCCCAUAGCCACGAUUCAGCAGUCGUAGCGUAGGUUUGAGCUACUAGGCAAAAAUACCACACUAACCACUUUUUCGAUAAUUAAAAAAAUCAUUUGAAAUAUUUUUUUUAAUUGAAAAAGAUCUUUUAAUUUCAGCUCUUUUAUUCUGCAGGUAUAUUAUUCUGCAUGUUUUAAAAUUAUAUAAAACAUUUAUAUAGACAAUAAGCAAUUUAGAAAAAAUAAGAUUUUGCAUUUCUAAAAUUACAAUUGAAAACAAAAUCUGACAUUCUCUGCUACGUCUUAUCUGAAUGGUUCAGAUAAUGGUAGUGUAGCCAGUGACUAAAGUAUUUUUACCAAAUUUCCUCUCUGUAGACGCCUGCAGGUAUUGACGUCUGUCAGGUCUCGUCACGUUGGCUGGUGCCGCAGCUGUUGGAGAGUCUUUUUCUUAUGAUUAUUUUAGAAAAAAAAUUUUCUUUUCCACAAUGUGGUUUUCUUAGAAGAACAGCAUGUCUUUUCCUCAGCGAGUUUGACACAUUGUGCCCAGGGCAGCCCUGUCCUUGGGCAGCGGCCGCACACCAAAGCUGGGAGGAGGCUGGUCCGGGAGGCCUGGGCAGAAGGCAGUGAUUCGCAGGGGCGGCUCCCAGCCACCGUGCCCAGGGAUGGGAUGGGCACCACCUGGGGGCGGAGCGUGAGCCCCAGACGGGCUCCUGCGUGUGCGCGUGAGUGUCUGCGCCCAGCCACGGGACGCCGCUGGUCCCAUCUGAAGGACUCUCUUAGGAGACCAGGUUGCCCCUCCCGACCCCUCCCAACAUCGGGGAAGGAAACGUUGACUUUCACUGCACUUUGAUGCGUCUCUAAACCAUUUGCUGGGGAUUCCUGAGAGCAGAGCUCCCGGUGGGCCCUGCCUCCCCCGCCGUAAGGCUACCUCGGGCGUGUGGAUGUGCGAGGGCCUCCCCGCUUGUGAAGGGGACAUGCGUGCUGGAACCUGUCAGAACUCCAUGCCUUCCUCGCCUGCUCACCUGUUCGACGCUGGAAUCAGGACAGGUGCAAAGGGAAGCGGACGUCUGGGACAGCGAAGGCCCGUGUCACUGGAGGGUUCCGCACAGUCGUUCUGGUUUCAGCAAAUAAGCAAAACUCGAGCAAGUACUGCAGCUAUUUGGAAAUGUUUUCCAAACCACAGUCUCUUUAGAACUAAGCCGUUUCUGCUCUUCUGAUUUGAAACGGUCAGUGUAAGCUUACUGAGAUCAGGAGACAGAGGCCCCGCACAUCACACGGAUAAAGUCAGACAAUUGUAAUACUUUUGCUGCCUCAAGUGGUUUUUUAAAUAAAGUACUUUGAAAUGCAUGAGAAUCAUGCUGCAAUAUAAUCAUUCUAGAGCAAAUAUAUAUAUACACACACAUAUAUAUAUAUUUCAAGAUGAAGCUAAAGCAGUUUUGGAAUAAAUUACUUGAAUUUUCUGUGUAUUUAGAGGAACGACUGUUUAAUGUACUUGAUGGGCCUCUGGUCUUGCCAUGUCUCCUGCCGCUGGUGGCACUUUGUAGAUUGUGUGUUUGUGUCCGGGUGGCAGUUGGGCGCCUGCUCACACGUGGUGUGUCCGCCAGGCCACGGUGUCCCCGGAUCGCAGAGGACUGACUUCAGGAACAUUUUCUGUGUGUGUGGAAACUUGAGAAUGGCCUUGUGAAUCUCGUGCUUGCACAGGGCGAGUCCGACUACUGAAAGUGCUGCCAGCUUUGCUGCGAGCCCUCCGGCCAGCGGGAGCCCCGUGGGCUGGGCACUCUGGCCCUUCUUCUCUGGGGGACGGCACCCCUGGCUUCCUCACCUCGGCCGGGCGUCUGUGGCAGCUCACUCUAUGCAACUUGAUCCUCUAGUGGCUUUAAGACUGUAGGUCCCCUCUCUCAGACCUGGCUGUGCUUGUCAGGACCUCGAGGCGCAGCCCCCGUCGUAGCUGGUUUCUCCAGCUUCUCAUCCUGACGACUGUAAAACAGAUGGCGGCAAGAGAGCAGCAGACAUGGGUGGCAGCGGCCUGACCCGAGUCAAGAUCCGACCCAAACCACACCAAACAUGGGUUCAGCCGGGGGCCGCCCCUUGCCCAAGGCUUCCCACCCUCAUCUGAAGGCCCAGGGACCGGCUCCAGGGCUCACCAAAGCCGAUUCCUCGCCAGCUGGGAGUGCAGAAAUCUCAGGGCCUGGCUGCGACUUGAGUUUGAGGAGGAAGAGGGGCUUCGCAGCCCCCGUCUGAACAGUGUGUGAACCCUUGAGAUCCCAGCCUCGGCUAAUCUGAAGUAAGGAUAACAAAGGCCAUUCAGUGCCCUGCGCAUGACCUUGCCACAGUCGCUGCCAGAGUAUGAACGCGCCGGAAGCCGGGGCCAGCCAGGGACAGGCGUGACUGUCAGGUGCUCCUCGGUGACAGGAGUCAGUGGCCGCACACUUUGUAGACUCGUCAAGUUAUCAGCCCUUCAGGUGUUUGCAAGCAAAGCCCUCCUUAGUGUGCAGGUCAGUGUGCGGACCACAAAUGUGGGCACCGCGGGGGCUGGGGUCCGGGGUCAGUAGUGUCGGUUUCUGGAGCUGCCUUCCUGGGAGGCAGGCACGGGUGACCACGGCCCUCGCAGUGCGUGUGGGCCCGGCCUGGUCACAGCGAGGACCAGAUCGCCGCAUCCUUUAGCCUCAGCCCCUCCCUUGCACUGAGAUUAUUUCCAGAUUGCACUCACUUGAACCUGUCCGUGUCGUCACCUUGUGUCUUAAGGGAAGCCGAGAAGGGCAGGUGGGCUGGCUGUCUUGUCCGCAACGCGCCAUUGUGCCCGCAGCUUGUGUUGGUCAGGCUGCCGCUCAGGUGUCUGUGGCUUCUAACCUUGUACCUCAGAUAGAUGCAGUACCAAGGCGGGGCUGGGGACACUGGUCAAUGUCAAAGGGGAGGUGCUCUGGCUGGCAGCCUUGCCCCAGAGGAAGAGGAGGCCGUGCAGGUGCCACUUGGGGAAGGUGGCCAGCUAUCCAGUGCUGAGGACGCAGCUGGAGUAUGGCUCAUGGCACCCUUGGGGUUUGGGCUGUGCAGGCUGGUGUCCCAGGUGCCUCUGCGCGCUGGCUGGAGUGUCAGGCAGGGUGUUGGUGCGUCGAGUCUUGUGCGAUGCGCACAGAUCGGUUACCAAACUAGGAGAACGUUGGUCUCGUUUGUGGUGGUUUUGUUCCCUAUACAAGUCAGCUAAGUAAAAAAUCUUUUAACGAGCUUCCCCUUAACACACGGCAGAAGUUUCCAGGUGCCGAAAUGCGAGCUGGUGGGAAGGAGCAGAGGCUGUGAGCUCCCAGCUGGGCCGGUCUUCCUGUGACCCCUUUCCCAGGUCUGUCGACAGACUGGCAUCAUGACGUCCCUGGCAGCUGAAGAGCUAGCUUUGGAGUGUUGUUUUUCUCACUCCCAGGCAGGCGUCUUAGCUGGAAUCAUCCGACCUGCCACUGAACAUGCCAGCGCCGUGUGCUGUCUCUUGGAUACCUGUCCUUGAAAACUUCACGCCCCUGGGAGAAGCACUCCGUCCAGUCCUGUCCCCUGGGGGGAGGCAGGGCCGCUGAGCCCUCCUCAGAUGGUUAGUGGCUUCCAGCAGCUCUCAGGAGUGUUUCCUGAAGGCCCCAGGUGUGGAGGACUUGGUCUGUGACCAUCUAGAACCCCAGAGCUGAACAGGAAGCCGUCCUUGCAGCAACAAGAGGGGUGGAAGGGGUGCUGCGGGCUGCCCUCGGCUCUCCCACCUCUGGGGCGGUGAUGUUCAGGUGAUCGUUUGAAAAAUACUCAAAGAUACCAACUCUUCCUUUCUAUGGCUAAUGGUUCGUGCAGCCACCAGCAAUGGCGGCCCCUAUUAGAGACCCAGUUUGUAAAACACCAAAUACUGCUGCUGUCCACACUAGACAUUAACCGACUUCAGAAAAGAUGGACACCUUUUCCCACGCUGUUUCGCUUCUGCCUCAACUUUGGUCCAGCUUUAGCCACCACACAGCGUGCGAGGGACUGCUGCUGCGGAAUCGGCCUCAUCUGUCCCUCCGCCUCCCACCAGCACAUGCUGCUUCUGAGAGACACCAGCUCCCUGCCUCCAAGCCUGCUACCACAGGCCUGUCGUGAGGGACCCCCGCUUCCGAGAGCUCCUGGGAGGGGGUUCUGCCCUUCACCUGGGAGAGGUGUCAGUUCAGUUCCGGGUUGAAGAGGCCCGUGCACACAGCAUGUUGGGGACCCAGCCUAAAGUUCUUGUCACCUCCUCAGGCAAAGCCAGCCAUCACUCUCCGGCCAGAUCCCCCAAACCUCAAGGUGGCCCCUUGACCAGCCCCUCCUUGGGGCCUCCAGGAGGACGGAGCACCCCUCCCAGCGGCAUCCCCUUGCCCUCCACAGGGCUGCCAGGGGCACGUCGCAGGGGCACCGUGGACUGAAACCAGCCCCUGGUGACAGAACGACCCGUUUGUUGGAAAUGCCUCGUUGCCAGAGGAACUCCCCAGGCAUCUCGGAAUGAAACUAUUUAGUUCCAUUGUGAACUGGCCACAGGACAGCUUUUUAUCAACUUAUUAAGUUGGAGCACUAUAAUAGCUCUUGCUGAUUUAGCAAUGGUAUAAGUGUGUGUUAAACACAUAAUGUUACAUUUUAUGAGGAGGUCGUAAGGAAGGGUCGUAUCACUCGACUCUUUUCUAUUAGUUGGGUGACAGUGGCCUCAUGUUUGUGUCUGUGUGUACACAGAGCCCUUGGGUUCUGCUCUGUUUCUUUGCCAGGUGAAUGUUUGUGGCAUGCGCUGCUGUCCACGCCCCUCUGUCCUGCACAGGGUUCAGCUGUGCGGUGCCCUGAUUUCUUCCAUGCUCAGAGAACCUCCUUGCGUCUGUUUCUCUGUUCCUCUGUGGCUGACUCAAUAAACUUUUUCCCUCUGACAUGA